GCCCCGCACGAAGCGACGGGAGUUUUGGCAUAGCGCCGCCGGCUUUGUCGCGCGCCGACGCCGCCUAGGGCGCGACCGGGCUGCCCGACGGUCACAGCUUUGCCGUACGUACGUAAACGCAUCGCUGCGACCCGUCGGCUGCUGCCCGGCACGUAUAAGGAGCCACCAUGGCGACCACAGCGGCCGGCGCCGCAGACGAAGACGCGAAGAAGCAAGCGCACGACGACGCCGCCGUCGGCUCCAUCUCGCACAUCCUGCGGACCUUGUUUAGGGGGCUCUACGAGGAAUCGGAAGCUCCUGAAGAGGAGGCCCCCGGCCCGGCGCCGGCCGAAGCCCCAGCAUGUAUCACCGAUGAAGCUUCCGUCGCUUCUUUGAGGAUGGAAUUGCAAACCGAACCAUGGUUCGAUCCUAAACAACGAGGCGACCCGGAGGCUACGAAAGCAUUGGCGCGGAAGCGAGCCCUGUCGAUCGCCAAGCGCUUAGAAACGCAACGGACGCAAGCUGAUGAUUUGUUGCAAUAUAUGAAAGUCCAAACCACGAAAGCCAAACGAGAGGACAAGGACGAAGAAAUCUCCCUGAAGAAGAUCGGUUUAAUACAAAACGCGCACCUGCCGCAGCAUCGCUCGACUUUGGAGUUACACAAGGGCGACAUGGACCAGAGUGGUAAAUUCGCCGAUGCCUUGGUGACGGCCGAAGACCUGGUCGAGGCCAACAGGAGAGACGUGGCUAUACAAUCAGGUAAUUAUGCCCAAGCUGGUUUGACGAUGCCGGGACCGCCUUUACUGGAAGAGGACGAGCCGGCAUAUUAUAAACAAACAGCAUCCUUCUCGAAGCGGUGUUCCAAGCUCUUACCCAUCUCGCACGGUCCGAACGGCGGGAAAGCUACUGCGGAAUUUGUGAAAACGUUCCUCGCAACUACUAAAUCGCAAGGACCGGCUUUAGAAGAGAAAGUGAAGCAAGCCCGCAAGAAGCGCGUCGACCAGAUGACCGGCGACGAGGAGUGGGCCAACGACACGAUUUUGCGGGGCAUGCGGGCGCGACAGCAUUUUUUGCGGAACCCGCGCUACGAUCCUUCUUCGUCAAACCAUAACACUAGAUUAACGGUGCGGCCCCCGUCACCGCGCAUGAUCGGCAAGGACGUCUACGUCGAGGGCGACCCGAUGACCAUUGCUUUUGACGCUACUUAUGCGGCGUCCCAGCGGACGUUUGAGAAGACUCAGGCAGCUGUAGAAUCGCACGAUCUCAUCGCCGUGGAGCCGGCCUCGUUGUUCUUCCGGAACCACGUGCCUGCUCAGAUCUAUGAACAAACAUUGCAUAUCCGGAACACGUCGGCCAUAUCGCGCCGAUUGCGACUGCUGAGACCGCAGUCACGGUACUUCAAGGUCGCUCGCGUCAAGUGGCCCGGCGGCGAGGACUCCGGCGUGCUAGCGCCGGGCAUGUCCGUGCAUGCAUUGAUCAAGUUCGCACCGGAUAGUCUGAAGGAUUUCGAGGACAGACUAGUUGUCGUGAGCGAGGAGGGCGAAGUUAACAUAAGUCUGACGGGCAAGCGGGACCCUCCGAUCCUGGACCUACCCUCGGUACUAGAUGUGGGCGCGUGUUUGUUAGGAGGAGUCAUAGAAAAAACUUUCCGCGUGACGAAUUCCGGCGGUCCCGGUGCGUUCCGACUGCUCGACGUUUGUGAUCGAGACGUCCCGGAGCACUUGAUCACGUACCAGGAAGUCAGGACGGGCGCGUUUGUCGUGGGUCCCGCUAGGUUCUCAUUAGAUACUGAUCAGUCAAUGGAUGUGCAUGUCACGUUCAAGCCCGAGGAGGGACGACCGUCGUACGACGCGUCCUUUUUACUAAUUGACGAGGAGCAGCACGCGACGACCUAUUCUCUGAAGGGCCGGGCCGAAGCUAUUCAAGUGCGCGUCGCGGGCUUGGACGGCGUCGAUCUUGAUUCACAUGGUGAUUAUAAGCCUCCCAGCACCCUAAACUUCGACUCGGUCUGCCUCGGGUCGUCGUCCGUACAUGCUCUUGAUUUAGUGAAUGACGGUGAAUUAUCAUUGUCGUAUGAAGUACGUAUCGACGGCGCGUCGUCCUUUACGUACGCGAAUGGCGACGGCACCAUACACAGUGAACAAAGAUCGAACGUGGCCGUGACGUACGCGCCUUCAGCAAAUGAGGCGUCUCAGGCCAUACUCCGAAUUAUGAUAAAACAAAUACCAAGGCAGGCCGCCGGUAUCACUAGUGACGAGGAUGUAGUGGAUAUCGAGGUCUACUCCUGUGUUCUUAGAGGUAGGGGCCAUCUAGCCAGAUUAGAAAUAGCACCGGGCGCCGUCGCCUUCCCUCGAGCUAUGUAUCUCGGUGAAAGUGUAGCAUCAAAUGCCGUCACAGUAACAAAUCCCACCGACUCGACGGUGGCGUGGGCUUUUGAUGACGACCAGCGUAUUACUGUAGACGGUUCCUUGGUGCAAGACGCGCCCCAAGCCUCAUUAGUCUGGCUGCCGUCGGGCGGCGUCCUCGAACCGGGUCAAUCCGUAGAUACGGUAGCGACGGCCACUGGUUUGGAAGUAGGUUCGUACGACGUGAGCUGCGGUCUUGAUAUUGCCGAUCAACUAAGUGGAGAGACGCACGAGGCGGGGCGAGUGGUGGUGCGUGGUGAAGUCGUUCAAGCUCGGAUAAAAUUCGAAGUACCAGAGGUCGACUUGGGACUCAUCGCGGUCGGCGGCCGGAAGGACUACGAGCUAAAAUUCACAAACACGGCGCCGUGCGGCGUCGACGUCGAGUUUCAGGAAGUAAAGGAUCAUCUGGAGGCCGUCGUGGACGAUGAUGAUUCCGUGGAUGAAGGAGCCACGGCGACGGUGGCCGACACCUUUGUGAUUGACCACGACGCGUGUGCGUUGGAGUUCGAUCCACCACUCCUCAGAGUGCCGGCCAAGUCCCAAGGUAGCAUUUUAGUAAGAUGCGCGGCGGGGAAGCGACCGGAACGAUUGCGAUCCGUCGUGACGUGCGCGUGUAAUCGAGCCCCGCCCCAGUACAUGAGUAUUAGAGGAGAAGUCCAAGCGCCCAAGGUGUAUCUCAAGGAGACCUCCGUACCCUUAGGGGUGGUGUACGUGGGAGUACCUGUCGAAAGGGAGUUAACUCUGGUGAAUCUCUCUAACCUUAGUACAAAAUUCAAGUUCGAGCGGCCGGGCGGGUCAUCACCAGCUUUCACUUUGGUGUUUGAGCCGCGUUCAGGAGAAUUGGAGGCCAAGCAGGUGUUGACUAUUAGUAUAAAGUAUACGGCGUUGACGGCGGGCGUCGUCGACGAAGUAUUGGGCUGCAAGGUCUUCGGGUGCGCCCUGCCGCUCGGGUUUGGACUGAGGGCCACGUCCAAGAAUGCGGUCCUGGCCUACGAGUUAUUGGGAGAAGACCAAGCACCACCUCCACCAUUAUGCGACUCCAACUGUGUCCAAUUACCGGAUGAUGUGCAACUACCGCUCGUGCCGCCGCUACCUUCCCUAAACUUCGGUACUGACGUGCCCUUGUUCGAGCGACGGAAGAUGAGGAUUGCCGUUCGUAAUUUGAGCGCGAUUGCGGCGCCAUUCAACUUCGGCUGCAGUAAAUAUGCGGCCGAGCCGCUACCACCAGAAAAACCAAGGUUCGCGAAUAAAAUUUUGGACGAUGCACAUGACGUGGAGAACACGUUCCAAUCGGAAAUGGGUCGCACGUACGUCUCGAAACGAUUGCUGCAGAAGCAGGAUGCUAUUGUGCUCAAGAAGGGCAACGGCGUGGCCUUUGCCGUCGAACCCAGCACUGGUCAAUUGACCCCGUGGGGCGUCACGGUCGUCACAGUGACAGCAUUCAACAACAUGGCGUCCCUAUUUAAUGAUACGUUGUCGUGCGAGGUCGAGACGGCGCCGACGGCGUCGAUACCCGUAUCGCUAGCCGUGAUAGGGUGCCCUUUAACUUUCAAGCAGGAGUGCGCCGGCUUGGAUCUUACAUUGACGAAGUGCAAGGACCCCUUGUUAAGGUUUGGGCAGGUCACAAUAGGCCAUCCCUCACCUCCAGAGAAACACAUAAAAAUUAGAAACGACGGGCCCGUCGACGCGCGCAUUUCUUGGCGUUUAGUAAGGGAAGGCCUCGAGAAUGCGGAGAGGCAAUUCGUGGAAUGCAAGCUCAUGGCGACCGAGGACGGCGUUUCCACGUCAAUCGAGUGGAAGGAGCCCGAGGUCUACGAGUCGCCCUUUACAAUAAAACCCAUCAGUAGAGUCGUCAAGGCCCACGCGGAGGCGACGUUCACCAUGAUUUUACCAUCCGAAUCCGCUACUGGUUUACCGGGACGCAUCGCGUCCGUCGCCGUGGCCGACGCGGAGUGGGUCUCGAAACUACAAGUGUCGUCUCACGAUUCUGUGGAAGGCGAGACGGCGAAGCUCACGUCGCUGGGCGCCUUACACGUCCAGCAGUCCAUGAAAAGUAAAUUGUUAAAAGCAAGGAAGGCUCCGAAGGUCACGGCCGCUCUGAAGGUCUGUCUUGAUGCUAGGAUCGUGGAACCCUCAUUACGCAUGGAAAAGGCGUCCAAGGACUCUAACAUAAGGUUCAGAACGUGGUCCACGGUAGAAGUCCCGCCCGUGACCCUCGUAAAGCACGCGCCCAAGUCCCUGCACCGCAAGACGUUGCUGCGGAACCCGCUGGACGUGCCCGUCUCGUGCUCUUUAUCAUUGGACGGGCCCUUUUCCUUAUUGAGAUGCUUCUCGACGGAGUUUUCCUACCUCGGUGCGGACUGUACGUCUACAAUUAAAUUGUUGCCAGCUCAAAGCAUGGGCGUCGAUAUCUUGUUCGAGAAGCCGCCCUUACCAGUGAGAAUAGGCGACAAGCCCUUGCCUUUGGAACACUUGUACCGGGGCGACCUGAACAUCACCUUUUCGACCGGCCAGUUACAAACCAUAGCCCUGAAGGCUACCGUGUUAUCACCUACUUUGGUGGUCCAACCGGCGGCGCACGCCUUUGGCGUGGUAAGGGCCGACAAGACGUCGGAAUUGCUCGUCUUCUUGUCGAACCCGACGGAGGUCGAGGCGUCCUGGUCUUUGAGGCACGUGCCGCGGGCUGGUCGGAAGAACGACGGAAUUGACGGCGACAACGCGAGACCCGAUUCCGUCGACGACCCGUCGGUCUUCGCCUUCGAGCACGUGGCCGGUGUGGUCGCCGGGCCGUCGUUACCCCUAAGGUCGGCGGCGGCCUGCGUGCCCAAGGAUUUUAUGCGAGACGCGCGGCCGCUCUUCGCGCAGACGCUCACGGAGCUGUCCUGGAAGGGCGCGGCGGUCACGUCGCUCGCGCAGUCGUUAACGAACGACGCGGCCGCGAACCCGCGGGCCCCGAAGCCCGUCCGCGUGACCUUCUCGCCGAAACGCAACGUGCGCUACUGCUCGCGCUUCCGCUUCGACGUGCACCACGGCGAGUCGUUCGACGUCGUCCUCCAGGGCGCGGGGUCCUACGAGGAGGACGUUUUGCCGCGCCACGUGCGCGUGGCCGGGCGUAAUAGGUGAUAGAUAGUAUUCUUAGUCGAGUAGUCGCAUUUGCGUCUAGAGGCGGAGCGGAAUCCGUGGUAGAAGGGUCGGAGAGACCAUGCGAAAACGUGUGUGGUG